AAAACGUAUCUUCAACUCUCCCCCCAUCCAAUAUCCACAAUUAACGGAUAACAAGACAAGGCGAUGGCCGCCGCCUCCACCUCCACCGUUCCCCUCUCCACCACCAUCAAUACAUCCCACCGCCACUCCCCCAUACUACGCAUCACCCAAUUACCCCGUCGCCCAAUCACGAAGCUCCACGUGUCAUCCUCAGAAGCGACUGCGGCGGCAACCACAAAAAAGAAGGAAGAGAGCAUAUUCUUCGACGGCGGGGCCCACUACGGCGACCUGGUGGCGAACCUGGUCCUGGGGUUCACUCUGGUGUGGCUGCCGCUGAGCCUGGCCGCCGUGUUCCGGGCGUUCUUCCUCCGCUACAGGUUCACCGACGUGAGGGUGACCGUGAUUUCCGGGCUGACCGGCCAGGACAGGAGCGACUUCUCGUACGAGGUUGUCAAAGAUGUGCAGGUCGUUCCCAGAUUUAUUGGGGAGUGGGGUGACGUCAUCAUCACCUUGAAAGAUGGAACCAAGGUUGAUCUCCGGAGUGUCCCCAAGUUUAGGGAGAUUGCCAAAUACUGCUUGUCUAUGGCUGAUAAACAAACUGCUUAAACCUUUUUCUUCUAUUUUCUCACCUUAAUUCAUCAAUCUACAUUUUGUUAUCUAUUGUAUUAUAUAUGCUGUGUGCUACAUUUGUUAUAAAUUGAUUUUAUGCUCA